AUGGACUCUGAGAUAGCCCAGAUCUCGCCCUCUUCGCGGUGGUUGAACAAGCCAACAAAUCUCGGCACAGGAAGUAAGAAGAAGGAUUUGGCAAAUCUAUCGGGGCUGUACAGACUUGGCCGGAGCCUUGGCGGUCGCACGAAUCACGAAAACGACAAAUCCGAGAAAGACGAGGAGGGGUACAACGACAAGGACGACGACGAAGACUAUGAUGAGGGCGAGGAGAACAGAACAGACGAGGACGAGGACCAGAGCACACCCGUAGAUAGGGCCAACAAAUAUAGCAAACCAGACUUCGGCAAGGAUUUCUCGGAACCUCCCUCAUAUCUACACGCUGCAGAUAGUUCUGGCACGUUAACGCCUGAGCAAUUUAAGCCGGAACCUGAGCGCGCAAAACCGUCAGCUCCUCCGCAGAACGUUGGGAAGACUCGAAUUACGAUAUCUGAUAAUUUGAGCACUGAUGACAACAAGAAGAAUCGGCGUCUCUGGGCUCUGAAGCCCAAAUCACCAAAGCCUGCUUCUACAUCAAAUCUCGACACAUCUGACAAUCAACUCGAAAGCUAUAAUCCUGGCGAAAUAGGACCGGAAGGAUCAGGAGGCCUGAACGCACACCAACGAAAACGACAACAGCUAAAACAAGAAGCAGAUCGACACCUCCAGGUAGAAAAAGCAGCAUAUGAAAAACAACAAUAUCUACAAACAGUAAAACAACAACAACAAUAUAGGUAUUUACAACAAGCAGCACAUCAGCAACAAAUACAACUACAGCCACAAUAUUCAGAGGGGCAACCAAUACCACUGCAACAAAUGACACCGCAACAAAUGGCACCGCAACGAAUAAACCAGCAACAGAUGGUGCUGCAAAACCAACAGCAAAUGGCUAUGAAUCGUCCGCAAGCUUUCCAUCCGUUGCACAGCACUUUCUCCCCUAUUCAAAAUGAACCUUUGUCCCCUCAAAUGGAUUCCGUUGUCGAUCUGUUCUCAGCCUUGGGAAUCGAUGCUAUCGCGAUGGGCAUUCCUUCAGAAUCUUUAAAUAACGUCCAAGCGUUUCGAGAGUAUCUAUUACAUAUGACACAAGCCAAGGAACCAAACCAAGCCAAGGAACCAAACCGGUACCUGAUAUUACAUCGCAUCAAGGGGCAACAAGAGCGUCUGUACUUUGAUCCCCCAGAAUGGGUUAUGGGACAGAAUCAUACGCGAAUUUUGAGGUCGAGGCUACCACUGUUCAACUUGCGGGAUUUUCUCGAAAAAAAUAUCGACAUUAGCUUUAUCGUGUUUCGCGACUACAAAGAGAAAGACAUACCAACGAGGAAAGAGAUGGUCGCGGCGGCAGCAACAGAUAACAACAGUGGUAUUACAAAGUCUCCAGUACAUGAAGAAGAGAAAAUACUUCCAGUGUCAGAACAUCUGACGGAGGCGAUUAAGUCGAUACUAAAGUCGAAGCCAGAAUUCGCAGAUCUGCUAUCAUGGUUUGAGAAAGGUGGGACAGAGCUCCCGUCGCCAUUUGUCUUCAUCUACCAUUCGCGAGCAGUUAUCGAAGAGUUAAUAGAGGACACCUCUGAUCCCAGCACGGUCCGACAGCUGAAGCUCAUGAUAGAUUACAUCUACAAGAACUAUGGAGAAGAAUAUGACACUGCAGAUGCCAUGUUUGAGGAAUCCCGCGUUGCUAUACCAUAUGUCAAGUACCUGUUCAAGCCAGGAGACGUACUGGUGGAAGGCACGGGCUCUGACAUAAAUGGUUAUGUGUUUGUAACUUGGCUGCAUGAUAGUACCUCAAUUACAGCAAGUCUGAAGGAAGAUGGGAAGAACAAACCUAGCUCACAGUAUACCAUGGACGUCCGCUCGUGGUCAUUUGACGGUGCCUUCAACCGUGUUAGCACUCGGCUUACAUUAGAAAUAGAUGGAAGUGAAAAGACAGAAUACGCUAUAAGAGAUUUGAAUAUCAGACCAAUUGCAUGUGCCAGUGAUGAGGAUAGAAAAACACUUCAAAGUCGCGGAGAUAUGUUUUGGAAGUGUAGAGAGAGGCACUUUGUGUCAUAUCAGGAGCAUGGUCGUGGCGAUUUACACGGCGCCAGUGAAGAAAGAUAUAUGAUCGACAUGAAGACAUUGCGCGAGCUCCACCCAGAAGAUGAGAAGAAAAAGAAGGCGCCCUAUCCAGAAGAUGGGAAGAAAAAGGCCUCCGAUACUUUGGAUGAAGACGCCAUGGCGCAAGACAGUCCUCCAUAUCCGAGUUUCGUGUACUUACUUCCUCAAAAGAUCAUUGGCUACAAUAUGCGGCGCAAAAAAUGGGUUGAGCUCCAUGCCGAUUGGUUGUCCGAGGUGGUUUGGGACAAGAAGGCGUUCAAAAAGUUGGUACUUGCGCAGAAGACGAAGGACUUGAUUGAAGCUUUGGUUGUCAAUCAAAUUGCAGCCGAGAAAUCGACCGAUCUGAUCAGUGGAAAGGGCAAUGGUCUCAUCCUUCUACUGCACGGAGGGCCAGGUACUGGUAAGACUCUAACUGCAGAGAGUGUUGCUGAAAUUGCAGAGAAGCCUCUAUAUAGAGUCACUUGUGGAGACAUUGGGUCAGAGCCUGAAGAAGUCGAGCAGUACCUCAACUCAGUGCUAGACUUGGGAAAAGCCUGGAGCUGCGUCGUUCUGCUCGAUGAAGCCGACGUCUUCCUUGAGGAAAGAAGUAUGAACGAUAUUAAACGAAAUGCACUUGUAUCUAUUUUCCUCCGCGUUCUAGAAUAUCAUGACGGUAUUAUCAUCCUCACUAGCAACCGUGUUGGCACUUUCGACGAAGCAUUCAAGUCACGCAUUCAACUUGCCUUGCACUAUCCAUCACUGACAAAAGUCAAGCGCUACGAGAUUUGGACAAUGUUCAUAACGCGGCUCCGAGAGCUUGGAGAGACGCAAGUCGACUUUUCAGACCUGGAAGAUCAUCGGUGGGACUUGGCGGACUAUAAGCUCAAUGGACGACAGAUUCGAAAUGCGAUUCAGACAUCGCGGCAAUAUGUGUCUUGGAAGAACGCGAAGGAGAAGACGACGUUGAAUUUUGAUAUUUUGAAAGAGAUUAUCGAGAUUUCAGGAGAAUUUGAUGUCUAUAUAAACAAAUUGAAUAAUGGGAUGUCUCCGGAUCAAUUAGCUGAGGAGGAUGGGCUGAGACUUGCAGAAGUCAGAGAGUGA